AAUAUUUGAAAAUACUUGACAGUAAUAUACAACUGAUUAAUUCACAGGCAUCCUAAAAUUAUUAUAGACAUGCUCUGCAUUGAGAAACAACUCCCACAUGGACGACAUCUGAUUUGCUUUUUCAUAAUUGGAUCUGUUUUCACACACAGUUUCUAUAGAUAAUGAUAACAUUUCAUUGCAUAUCACUUCUUCAGAGCUUUUUUAAAAAAGAGUCUGGCUUGCAAUUAUUAGGGAACCAAGAUAAGGAACUGAACAGAACAUGUUGUUUCAAACAUUACAUUUAAAAUUCAAAAUACUGCAGAUCACAAUAGUCGGCUAAAUAUAGUCACGGAUUAGAAAGUCAUUGUUCCAAUCCUGCUAUAUAAAACUUAGACUCUUCAAAUAGAAUGCCACUUGACCUUUCAUGUUCCAUCAGCCAGUACUUGUAUUUAACUGAGGCAGGAACACCACGCUGCCCCUUGGAGUUAUCAACUUUUGACAUGACAUGCCCUAGUGUUUUGUCCCAGCCAUGUUCAGGAGACGUAAGACCAGCACUCCGGAACACAAGAGAGACUUCCAUGGAGCUGCAGUGCCUGCACCCCACAAUGACAUGAGAACUUUCUUCAGCUUGUCUCAGCUUGUACUUUCUUCUGGCCACUUGAGACCACCACCUGUUCAAAGACAUUCAAAAAUAACUUAUCUCGAAGUGGAGGUGCUUGAUGCCCAAAGCAAAAAGCAGAUUUGUGUAGUGGACAAGAUACCACCAUCAUCAACACUUCUUGAUGUAAAACAUAAAUUUCACAAAGUGUGUCCUCAGUGGUCCCCAUCUCGUGUAGGCUUGCGACUAGAACGCAAUGGGCCCUAUUUGAAAGACUCUAUCAACAUAAAGAGCCUUGCAGCUUCUUCUAUCAUUACAUUGUACUUCACAGACAUGGGUCAGCAAGUGAGCUGGACAACUGUUUUCCUAACUGAAUAUAUUGGUCCUCUUCUAAUUUAUCUGCUCUUUUAUCUUCGUCUCUCGAGUAUUUAUGAUGCAAAGGAGAGUGCAAGAAGUUUACGCCAUCCUGUUGUCCAUUUGGCCUGUGCUUGUCAUUGUUUACAUUAUGUCCGAUGUCUUCUGGAGACACUUUUUGUGCAUAAGAUUUCAGAAGGACAUACACCCCUGAAGAAUAUGAUCAAGGGUUGUGCCUUUUAUUGGGGCUUCACCUCUUGGAUCGCAUACUAUAUCAAUCAUCCACUGUAUACUCCUCCAUCAUUUGGGAACAAGCAAGUUACUUUUGCUGCCCUUGUGUUUCUGAUGUGUGAAGCUGGGAAUCAUUUUAUCAAUGUGGCUGUAGUCCAUCAAAAUCAAUCAGGGAAGUUAACCUCUUUUCCAAGUCCGUCAAUCAAUCCUUUCACAUGGCUCUUCACAUUGGUUUCUUGUCCAAACUAUACAUAUGAGAUUGGGUCUUGGAUAAGCUUUACAGUGAUGACACAAACUCUUCCAGGAGCAACUUGAAAAACUGCAAGUCACUUCUGGUGUGAGAAAAUUGGCCGUCUGCAAGGACGUUACCCAGGGGACACCUGGAUGCUUUACCAUCCUGUGGGAGGCUUCUCUCAUGUCACCUCACGGGAAGCUGGAGCUGACAGACGGAGCUCACCCCACUCCCCAGAUUUGAACUGCUGACCUUUAGGUCAGCAGUCCUGCCGGCACACAGGUUUAACCCAUUGCACCACCGGGGACUCCUGAGACAAUGAACUAAUAAUAUUUAAGGGAAGAUUAGCUAAUAUUUUAGCACCUGUUGUACUUAAAUACUUAGAAAAUGAGCUAAUAUUUAAGUACAACAGGUGCUACAAUAUUAGCUUAUCUUCCCUGCCACACAGAAAGCCUUUCAUUAUCACCAGUUGUGCCUCAAAAGGCAACCACAGUUUUGAGAAGCCUAGUCUGCUAUAUAAACUAUACUGCUUCCUGGAUGCUUGGCUUAACCCAGGUGCCAUCCCCUCUGAGUCCAUUGCUAGAACCUUCAGUAGCCUUUAAGAAUCAUUUUGCAGAUAAAAUCUCUUGUAUAAGAGCUGACCAGCCACUUCAUCACAUUGAAUCAGGUCAAGUGUUUGGUAGAGUAGAGCUCAGUUAUACUUUGUGUGAAAAUCAAAUGAUUGAUUCCCUACCUUCAUCACACUGUUAAAUCUAAACAGUGCUCAGUAUUCUUUCAGUUCAUUUGCCAUCACACUGUAAAGAUUUGGCCCCGCCCACCAUCCCUCUCCCCCCUAUUCUUUGUUGAAAAACCCUCCUCUCUUUGCAAUGUCAACGGUUACAUGUCUUCAAUUCCCUGAGUCUAGCCUCUCUCUCCACUGCCCCUCUGAGGAAGGAAGCAGAGAAGGAGGGAGAGAGGAAGGGAAAGUGGCGAUGCACUCUACCCUCCUCUCUCAGCUGCCCCACACAGAAAGGAAACUAUAACUCCCAGGACAACAUGUGGAGCUAUAGUAUUUAAAAUAAGGCCCAGAUGCUUUCAUUUUACAGUGUAGAUGCACUCAAAGAAGGUUCGUGGACCUUGGGAAAUUUUAACUCCCAGGAAGACUCCAUCACAUGGAGCCCUGGCAUUUAAAGUGGGGUGCAAGGGCAUUCAUUCCAUAUUGUAAAUGCACCAAGAGAAGGGUAUGGAGCUUGGAAAUCUAUAACUUCCAGAACAGCAUAGCAUGAAGACGACGACAACAACAACAACAACAACAACAACAACAACAACAGAAUUGGCCAUUCAUCUGGAUCAUUCCCCAAAAAUCCACUUCCCCACCACCUUCUCAAACGUUUGAAAAGAAUGCUGGCCCCCAUACUUAAAAUACAGAAAGAAUGCUCCAUCCUACACUUGAACCCAAGCAUAAUGUGAUGAACACAGUGAGUUACCAGAUUUUAAGUGUAGGACUCGGUGAAAUUUAGUAAAUGUGAUGAAGUGGUUAGACAUUGCCAUUAGACUAGAGGCCGACAAGGAGGUGUCCAGCAACUGUGAGUGGGAUUACACUGGAUCAGUUUCAAUUGGUGAGUACUGUUGAUGUGGACAAGCUGCUGGGGCUAGUAAGGAGGACAAACUGCUUUCUUUACCCCUGUCCCUCUUAACUGAUCAUCCAGAACCCCUGCUCUAAGACUUCACUGAACCUAGCAUCCAGGAAGCAAACUAUUCCUUUCAGAAGAUCUCACUGUUCAGAGCAGUGACAUGAGGGCAGCAGCAGCCAUUAUCUUUGUGUUUGUUUCUAACUAUGUAGAACUGUGUAGAUAAGUGGCAGUUCUCCGGAAUGGUGAAGGUACUUCCAGAGUGAGAUCCAGAGUAUCAAAUUCCUGCCUCCUGCAUAGUCCACUGCCCGAGACAACCAUUGAAGUUCAUGAGGGGUCAAGCAUGAGAAAACCUGACCUCACAUGAACUUUGUGGGGUGAAAACUAAUGGAACCAACUGAAAAUAUUUUCCCAUCUGUGCUUAGAGUUUAGAAUUGCAUUAUAAGGACAGUGUUCUGUUUGUUGGUUUGUUUAACAUUUUGCGUCCUGGGCCAGAAAAUAUAUAUUGGCAAGAAAUCCAAGCACUCAGAACAUUUCCUUUUCUUUCUUAGCAUUGACAUGGCUCAUUGAUAUGGAAUAAUGGGAAACAGUUUUAUAAGGUCUUUAGCUUUCUUUAAUAAAUAGUGCAGUGUUUUAUCAAUCUACAGUUCCCAUAGUUCUAUAGCAUUAAUCCAUCGCAGUUAAACUAGUGUCAAACUGUAUUACUUUUAUGGUGUAGAUGCAACCUUAGAUACUGCAUGACAGGUCUAAAUUUAUGUCAUCCCCAUUGAUUUGAUGGGUCUGCUAUAAAAAUGGAAGGAAAUAGUACUUUCUAUCAUUAUACUUUAAAACUAAUUUGCAUAAUAACACACAAGUAUUCUAACAAUCAAGACAAAUCUGAAUGGACAAUGGACAUAAUUUAAUCUACAUAAAUAAAGUAGAUAAUUAUAAACAAGAAAAAACAGAACAGAAAUAAUAAUUAUUUGGAAAAGGAACUUGAUAUUUAGUCAAUAUAUGGAAUGUGUUCAUGUUUACUUGUAGUUUAAUUGCAUUUUCACAAUAAACACUUGACACAUGUUUGCAAAAAGAGUUCACAAACAUUUUAAAUUUUUAGAUUUUUUAAAAAUAGCAGUCUAUCUUAAAGCAUUACGUGCCAAAUUUUCCUGACCAGUCUUCAGUGGAGUUAUUAUAGUUUCCCCAAUAGCUUUUGUUUCCCCCUUAGUUGUCGAUUAGCACAAUCAGAAUCUAAUUAUUCAUUAGAAGAAGAGCAGCUAGGUGCCACCAAUGAUACAUAAGAAAGUGGACUGGAAAUAAAACAUAAUUAAGAAAUGAAAGACAACUGUGGAACCUGAAAGAACUUUCCG